AUGGUUGAUACCCCCGUCACUCAGUCUGGAAUUUGGACUGGAACCACUGAGGCCAGCGAUGAUUCUACUUCGACUGCCACUGAUGAGGAGGGUCCUACCCCCACUCCCACCACGGAUUCCACCACUACCACGGAUUCCACCACUACCACGGAUUCCACUACCACCACGGAUUCCACCACGGAGUCCACUACGGAGUCUACUCCUGUUUCUACUCCACCAGAGUCUACUCCUGUGACCACUCCUGGCUCUACAACUGGGCCUACCACUCCUGUGACCACAACUGAGUCCACUUCCACUUCCGAGUCUACUCCUGUGACCACUCCCGAGUCCACAACUGGGUCCACCUCCAACACUACUACUGAGUCUACUCCGGUUUCUACUCCUGUCUCUGGUGCUGUGUUUACCACGACACAGACCACAGUGGUCACUAACAACGGCACUCCUUGCCCUAUUGUCCUCACCAUAACCUACACUUCCUCGGCUCCUUGCCCUGGCGAGCCUUGCACCGCCACUCAGACUUCUGGCGCUGGAUCCAACCCCGGCAAUCCGGCUGAAGGCACCACUUCUGAGUCUGGUGAGGCUCCUUCCGGCACCAAGCACACCGUCAUUCCAGGCAGCACCACUACUGAGACUGGUGGCACAGCUCCCCAGCCUCCUGCUCAGGGUGUUCCGACCACUCUUUCGACUGUUGGCGGUAAGCCUCCCGUGAACGGUGCUACUGGCACUGGCUCCGGCAAUUCCCCCGCUGGCUCCGGCACUGGCUCUGGUUCUGGUUCUGGCUCUAGUUCCGGUAAUGGCUCUGAUUCUGGUUCUGGCUCUGGUACUGGCUCCGGCAAUGGCUCUGGCCAUGCUUCCGGAAAUGGUUCAUCUGAGACCAAUGGUGCUAACCCUCCUGCUGGUGGCGCCAAGCCAGCUGGCACCGGCACCGGUACCAAUCCUCAUGCGACCUCUACUGCCUACUCCAAGGCUGUGAAGGUCCCAGUCGGUACCUUCGACAUCAUUCUGGCUGGCUUCAUGGCUUUGUUUGCCGUUGAUGCCUUCUAA